UGUCGGGCGUUCGUGAAUCGAAUACGAUGCAUGAUGCGAAUCGUGUCGCGUUCAAUCGUGUUUCGCAUCUUCUCCGUUGUCUCAUAUUCCGCGUUUCUAACGAGCGAUGGGCACCAGAAGUGUCAAAAAACGAAAGUGUCGCGCGUUUGGGCCAAGUAUGAAUCAAGACGAAUCCGUCGUGAGGAGGAUCUUGGCUCUCGAACUUUCGACAGCUGAUGUCGAGACGGAGCUGGACGAUGAGUCAAGCUGUACUCUUGUUUACUGUUUAUUCGCCCCUACAAUUCAGUAUUCGCGCCUCGUCCCCAUUACGUUCACAUAAUUAUCGAGCUAUACAUACAUUGGUAUCGUAGUGUAUGUCCACGUUGUAGAGAUGGCGUUUCGAAAAAUCAUGAGUUAAAUCGUGGACAUGGCCACUCUCAAUUCUCAAGUUUCUCUUUGAUAAUUAACAUACACAAAGCGAGCUGCGAACGUUCGGCGAGUCGUCGACGUCGUCGUGUCAUCGGGCUCACUCGUGCUGCUGCGAUAACAGAGGGAGAGACGACUCAAGGGCGAUCGCUCCAAUUAAUCGUUCCCGACCAACGACAAUCGCAACCGUCGGCGUCGCAUGACAUUCGUCGCCGGACUCGUCAUCGUCCAAAAAUACCGGUCGACGGCAGAACGAUCGAGAGGAAAGACUGGCUGAUCCUAUCGGUAGCGAUAUCGUUGAAGACAUCCCGACGCUACGAUGGAUAAGACGAAGCUGGUGAGCAACGAUCUGGAGCUGCCGCCGCUACGCAGCCUGGAUGACUUCCUGCUGGAGUCCGCGCGCUUCCAGCUGCCGAACCUCAAGGAUCUAGAGAAAUGGGGCAACCGAGUAGUUAACAAUCUCUUGUACUACCAGACUAAUUAUUUGUUUACAUCCGUUGUCAUCUUCCUUAUUGUUGGAUUGAUCCAUCCUGUCAAAAUGCUAGUUGGGAUGCUGGCUAUGUCAGCAAUUUUGGGUACAUUUGCUUAUGUAUCCAUGGAAGGAAGCACAAUACAUAACUUCAAGAGGCAAUAUCCUGUUGUUGGAGUAUUGUUUAUAAUAUUCGCAGGAUGUUUCAUAACGUAUACUCUGGGAUCUCUUCUAGUUUUUUUCCUGGGCAUUCUGUUACCUUUCUGUGUGACGUUUGUACACGCCUCACUGAGAUUAAGGAACAUUAAAAACAGGAUUGCCAAUAAAAUCGAGGGCAUCGGCUUGAAACGCACGCCAAUGGGAGUGUUUCUGAAACAUCUUGAAGAUGUGACUGGUUUGACUUUGCGUGCACAGACAGCACUCAUGCAACCGCCUCACUAAUAUCCCGCUUUCUGCAUCAAGUUCUCUAUCAAAAUUGACAAAAAAUUAAUGUCAAUAACCAUUAAUUUGCUGCCACUGCCGUUCUAAUUGGACUACAGUGUUCUGCACGAUAUUAGCGUAGUGAAAUAAAUUUCGUAGUAUUUUAAGAAUAUGAAUUGAACUGAUACUCGUGAUUGAAAGCAAGGAUUACUUGUGCUAUGUGAUUUUUAGACCGUUGUUAGAGCACCAAAUAUUUUUUUACAAUACCAAAUACUGAAUUUACACAUUUAUAUUAAGAACCAUGUUAUUUUCUCUUGUGAUUCUUAGGACUGUUUUAAUCAAGACAUAUAUAUUUUUUGAACGUUAUAUACAGCUUAAAUAAUAUCAUAUAUAUUUAAUUUAUAUUAUGUACAAUAAUAUUUAAAAAUCAAAGUGACUUAAGCUUUGUAUCUGUUACUUAUGAACAGACUACAUUUUGAAUUGAUUUGUGUAUAUAUAUUUAUAUAUAUGUAUAUAUUAUAUAAAUUACAUAUGUAAAACAUAUACACAAGGUAAAUUGUUUUCACAAAACUUUGUAUAUAUAUAUAUGUAUUAUAUCGUUUUUAUUC